CAGCGGGACAACAAGUGUCAUCAUUACCAUCCCAGAAGUUGUGCUGUCUGUUUGGUACCUCGAGCUGCUGCUGGAGGAUCAACGUGCAGCCAUUGAGAAGAGCAAGGAUACUCCGGGACUCACUCACUCAGCCGAGCCGAACCUUCACCGGACCCGGCCGAACCCCCGAACCCUACCCCGAUUUUGAGUCCUGAUCUCAGUGCACCUUCUCCUCUGAACGCAGCUGUCCUCCACUCUUCUUCUUCCUCGGGAGCAGACAUGCCUCCGGCCCCCGUGGUGUACACCCCUCCUGAAGGUGGCUGGGGCUGGGCAGUGGUGGUGGGGGCCUUCAUCUCCAUCGGCUUCUCCUACGCCUUCCCCAAAUCCAUCACUGUGUUCUUCAAAGAGAUAGAGGUCAUCUUCGAUGCCACACCCAGUCAGGUGUCCUGGAUCUCCUCCAUCAUGCUGGCUGUCAUGUAUGCUGGAGGUCCAAUCAGCAGCAUCCUUGUGAACAAAUAUGGCAGUCGACCAAUCAUCUUACUGGGCGGCUGUCUGGCCGGGACGGGACUGGUCAUGGCGUCCUUCUGCAACACUGUGCCGCAGCUCUACUUCUGCAUAGGAGUAGUGGGAGGUUUGGGACUGGCUUUCAAUCUGAAUCCAGCCCUCACUAUGAUCGGUAAAUACUUCUACAAGCGCCGCCCCAUCGCCAACGGCAUCGCUAUGGCAGGCAGCCCCGUGUUUCUGUCCACCCUGGCUCCUCUCAACACCUGGCUGUACGAUGAGUUUGGGUGGAGAGGUAGCUUCCUCAUCCUGGGAGGGCUUCUGCUCAACUGCUGCGUGGCCGGCUCCCUCAUGCGGCCCCUCGCCCCCACACCUCAGCCAGCGAAUCCCAACUUGGAGGCAUGCGAGGUCAAGGCGGUGGAAUCGGUACAGCCACAGGCGAAGAAGACCGUCCUGCAGACCAUCAACUCCUAUAUUGACCUGACGCUGUUCAAACACCGCGGCUUCCUGCUCUACCUGAUGGGAAACGUCGUCAUGUUCUUCGGCCUCUUUGCGCCGCUCGUCUUCCUCUCAAAUUAUGCCAAGAGUAAGGACAUCAGCAAAGAAAAAGCAGCCUUCCUGCUGUCAGUACUGGCAUUGGUGGAUAUGUUUGCCCGGCCCUCCAUGGGCAUGCUGGCCAACACAAAGUGGAUCCGACCCAGGAUACAGUACUUCUUCGCCGCUGCCGUCCUUUACAACGGCGUGUGUCACGUGCUGGCGCCGCUGUCAGUGGACUACACUGGAUUCGUGGUGUACGCCAUCUUCUUUGGUUUUGCUUUUGGCUGGCUGAGUUCGGUGUUGUUUGAGACGCUGAUGGACCUGGUGGGAGCUCCGAGGUUCUCCUCUGCCGUGGGUCUGGUCACGAUAGUGGAGUGUGGGCCGGUGCUGUUGGGACCACCGCUAACAGGUAGUUUCUAUAACUACUACAACCACUAUGACUACACCUACAUCUCCUCUGGCAUCAUCCUCAUCGUCUCAAGUGUGAUCCUCUUCGUGGGAAUGAGCAUCAAUUACCGCCUGCUGGCGCAAGAGAAGAAAGCGGAGGAGAAAAGAGAAAGGGAGGAGCCCAAGGAGGAGUGCGCCGCCAUGUUGUCGCCUUCCCCUCCGUCAAAAUCAGACGAGGAGGCGGAGAACAAUGUCCUAGAGGCCGUCGCUCUAGAGGACGUCGCCAAGAUGGACGAGGACACAGUGUAGAAUUCUUUUUUCUUUUCUUUUUUUUAACAGACUCGAGAAGGACGCACACACUUCACAGAAACACACACGAGAGUUACAGCAACCACACGAGAGAAAACCCUGAAGCCAUAGAAACGUACUUUUAUCGUUAAAAACAGAGACCUGCUGCUGUGACGUGAAGCUUAGCUGCUCGUCAAGGAGCUUUUCGCCGCGUUGAGACCUCUGAUUUUUGGUAUUUGACGUGCCUUUGGUGUCCUCGCAGAGCACACACACCACCUAUAUAUUAUGUAAACGCCAGAUAGACGCACAACAGACAGAAUGACUGUAAGAUAAGAAUCUAGUAAACUAAUGAGGACUUUACUCUCAGGGUCUCGAGCUGCCAUAAAGGUUCAGAACCUCACACACUCACAGAAACACACACACUGGACCUCGAGCUCAGAGUCGAACAAUACUUUCUGUUUCUGGUACAGUACUUAGAAAAGUACCAAGACACGACAUACUUGCAUUGCUUCACUCCUGAAGGGCUGGACACAUUCAUAUUUGUGUAGCUGCAGUGAAUCUGUUCACAUGUUAGUUCACUGUAACAUUUCCAGGUGUUUAUGUUGAUUUAUGCGCCGCAAAAGAACAACUUGGGAACAAGAAAUUUGGAAGUUCACCACCACAGGGAGUAGUAACAUGUUUAACUCUUAUUAGAGGACAUAGAGUGUAACUGCUUAAAAAAUACAAAGACAAAGGAGAGAAAGGAAGUAUAGGUCCAAUGUUAGAGGUCUAGAGUGUCACAAUGCUAGCAGUGUAGGAGGCACUGUUCUGGCGUGCUUGCACAUAAAUGUGUGUGUAGUUUUGUGUCAUACACCCUCCAACCGUAGCAGCUCAUCAUGCGUAUUGAUAAAGACACACUUGAACAAAAGCGCUCACACGGUUACGCCCCACAGAUUUACCUGCUGAGUAACCAGCACGCGCAGUAUUAAAUGACACAGCACGCUGUUUUUUGGGGUGGAUAAGAGGCUGUGAUUGUACCAGAUCGAAGGGUGUACUGGGUGUGUGGAUG